AUGUUCGGAAGCGUGAAUGAGGAGAAUGAAUGGGUAGUUAAGAAGGUUGUCCUAGAGCAUUUAAACCAUAUCCCGACCCUUUGCAAGGUAAGGUACAUAAGUAAGUAUCGGAGACAAGAAGUGAAUACUACUGUUAGAAGAAGAUUGUUUAAUGAUACUGCUGUUGGGGUUUCGGUGUCGAAGAUUCAUCGUAGUCUUGCAAUGGACAACAAUGGGUUGGAUAACUUGGCCGUAACAGAGAGAGAUCUGCGUAAUAUUUUGGCGAAGGAACGCCGACUUAAGCUAGGAGAAGGCGAUGCUAAUGCGAUGUUGUCGUAUUUUAGUAAAAUGACGGAAGACAAUCAAAAUUUCUUCCAUAUGCAUCGUCUUGAUGCAUUUGGGUAUUUAAAAGAUGUUUUAUGGGUAGAUGCAAGAAGUAGAGCAGCGUAUGAAGAAUUUGGGGAUGUAGUAUGCUUCGAUGUCACCUACUUGACAAACGACUAUGACUUGCCCUUUGCUAAUUUUGUCGGUGUCAAUCAUCACGGGCAAACUAUUUUGCUAGGUUGUGCACUUGUAUCUCAUGAGACUAUAGAGACUUACGAGUGGGUGUUUAGAACAUGGUUGAUGUGCAUGAAUGGCAAAGCUCCUAGUGGGUUUCUAACUGACCAAGAUGCCGCUAUGAGGAGAGCAUUGGCGAACUGUAUGCCGGACACUUGGCACAGAUGGUGUUUAUGGCAUAUUUUGACAAAAUUUAGUUCAAAGCUAGGUAUGUAUACUAAGUAUCAAGACAUUAAGGUCGCAUUGCACAAUGCAAUCUAUGAUAGUUUGAAUGACGAAGAAUUUGAGAAAAGUUGGGGAGAUGCUAUUGCAAAGUUCGACCUUGGAAGUGAUAAUUGGCUUGCCGGUAUGAAAACAACGCAGAGGUCGGAGAGCAUCAAUAGCUUUUUCGACGGCUAUGUCCACAAGAAUACAAGGUUGUGUGAUUUUGUCGAGAAAUAUUGUUGUGCAAUGGAAGCUAGAGCCAAUUCUGAAGAGAAGCUGAUGCAAACACAAUGGAGGAAGAAUGAAGAGAUUGAGGAAAAUGUUUUCGAGCACACUUUCACAGAUCGACUGUCGGUCGUGUGCAAGACAACUAGGGAGGAUGUACCAUUGGAUAAUAAAAGAGAGUAUAAGGUUAAGGUGGAUAUGAAUUCUAACGAGGCUUAUUGUGAAUGCAAGCUACUAGAAUGCCAUGGGAUAAUGUGUCCUCAUCUAAUUUUAUUGUAUGACAAAUUAAAUGUGAAGGAGAUACCCCAAAGAUAUAUUCUCCGUCGUUGGCAGAAAGAUGUGAUUAGGAAGCACACCAUGGUAAAGGUCGCAUACUGA